GAGAGACCUCGGACCAGUGCGUCUCUAGAUUUCGUGCCGAGAAGACCAAAAAACCAACUUAUAAAUUCUCGACUCUUCCUUUUUGUCAUCUUUCAUUUCCUUCCUCUUUCUCUCUCUCUCUCUCUCUCUCUCUUUCACUCUUUCUCCAUUUUCUUUUUUAUUUUUCACCAUUUUUCCUCUCUUUUUAUUCUCAAUUUUUCCUACAUUACAGUCCACCUGUUACGCACCCCUUUUGAAAUCAAGUGAAAAGAAAUUGCGAUAAAUCUUGUCUCUCUCCAUCUCUCGGGGAAAAUUCAAAAAUCGAGUAAUCGUGAAAUUGACCAUAUCAGGGCUUUAUUUAGUAUAUAUAUAUAGAUAUAUAUAAAUUAAAGACCCUUGGAAAGCGCUUGUCACCACCCUUCGGCACGCUCUUGUAUUUCACCAUGACUUUAUUAAUCAAGAUUUCCGUAAUGUGCCUGGCAAUCUACGCAGUAACAGCUAUUCCUCUCGAGGGACAGCAGAAUAAACCAAAAAUCUCCGAGGAAGAUUUGGAAAUUGCUUUGAAAGACAGUCGUUAUAUAAAGAAGCAACUAACGUGCGCCUUGGAGAAUAUCAAAUGUGACUCAGUUGGUCGUCGAUUGAAAAGUCUAGCGCCAUUGGUAUUAAGAGGCAGCUGUCCACAAUGUACCCAGGAAGAAGCUACCUACAUCAGAAAAGUUCUAGCACACGUUCAAAGAGAAUAUCCAAUAGAAUGGGCGAGACUAAUACAAAAGUAUUAUAAAUCCUAAAAUCAAGUUGGCAUCACACGAGAGAGAGAGAAUUUGCUAUCUUUCUUACACCGAACACACAAUAUUGAAUGAGAGUAAGCAAGAGAGAAUGAAAGAAAGUAAGCAAGCAAGAAAGAAAGAAAGAAAGAAGGAAACUAAAGAAAAAGUACACGUUAGAAAAGAAAACAAUCCAUAGAAAUGCUUUUGGUGGAAAAGAGUUUAAAAAAAAGGAAAGAAGACAGAAAAUAGAGAAAAUGAAUAAAUGUAUGUGUAUAUAUAUAUAUGUGUGUGUCUCUCUCUCUCUCUAUCUGUGUGUACGUGUUAGAGAGGUUCUUGUCAGAAUGAGAGAGUGACAGUGAAAGUUGAUUGUAAAACUCUUUGGGAAUUCCAAUAGGAGACUCUAAGUAUCUAUAUCCGUUUUCAAUGACGUUUUAAUCUAUCAGACUUUUAUCUUCUAUUUUUUUUCUCUUUUUUUUAUCUCCUUCUUUUAAUAAUAUACCCAGUUUUAUAUAUAUAUAUUUCAUAUAUAUAACGUGAUUUCUGUCUUACGAUGUCAAUAACUUUCAAUUACCUUCUCUUCUUGAGAAAUUUAAACUUUCUUUUUCAUUUAUAUACAAAUACAAAUCGAAAAAAAUGUCGGAACAAUUUGUCACUUUUUCAUACUGUCGAUUUUCAUCUAUUUUUUAAUGUUUAUACUGCAAUUUU